UAAUUGCGUAAAUUACGAAAUCACUUGACCUGAGGACGGUCUGAGGCUCUGAGCGCGGAGACGGACAGUCGUGGCUGUUCCGUCGAGAACUCUAAGAGUGAGAGAGAAAGAGGGAGAAUGAAUUCUCAGAGAUCGGGAGAAUGGCUGGAGAAGGCGUUGUUGCGACUCUGCAGAAGUGUGGAGUCUGGUUUAGAUUUGGAUGGCGAUAUUAUAUCUGGCCUCGUCUCGUACUGUGAACUGGCACCCCCGGAAGAUGCCAAAGAGUAUCUCAACAAUAUCAUUGGUCAGGAAACUGGCCAAAGUGUGAUUGAGGAAUACUUACAACGGAGGGGUUACACAGAUCAUAGCAACAGCACCUUGAACAUGCAGAGUACUAAAUUGCAUGCCUACAUGAAACCGCCUCCUGAUGAAGGUUUGAAUAGUGGAACAAAAAAGUUAUCUCGAACAUCCAAAGAGCUAAUGGUGGCCAGUGAUCAGGGGAACAAAAUCCCAAUUGAAACCUCAGAGUCCAGAAGUUCCCAUAAAGGAAACCCAGGAGGUUCUAGAAGGAAAAAGACUGGAAAAGUCAUUUCACUUGCAGAGGCUGCAAAAGGAUCAGUUGUAUUUCAGCAAGGAAAGCCAUGUUCAUGCCAAGCCCGCCGGCAUAGGCUAGUGGGCAAUUGCUUAUCUUGUGGCAAAAUAGUUUGUGAACAAGAAGGUGAGGGCCCAUGCAGUUUCUGUGGGGCUCUUGUACUGAGGGAAGGAAGCACAUAUGCUGGCCUAGAUGAAGCUGUUCUUCCCGCUACAGAUGCUGAGGCAGCAGCUGAAGCCUUUGCCAAGAAACUUGUGGAAUAUGAUCGUAACUCUGCUGCACGUACUACAGUCAUUGAUGACCAAAGUGACUAUUAUGAGAUCGAGGGAAAUAGCUGGCUAUCACCGGAGGAAAAGGAAAUUUUAAAGAAGAAACAACAGGAGAUUGAAGAAGCUGAGCGAGCUCGACGUAGUAAAGUAGUUGUGACAUUUGACUUGGUUGGCCGUAAGGUGGUGAUGAAUGAAGAUGAAGCCUCAGAAUUAGAAUUGGAUAACAGAAUAUUACGGCCACGUGAUGAAAGAGAGUUGAAUCGUAUUAAACCAAACCCAACCGGCAGAAUUCAACCAGUUUUUGUAGACCCUGGCCCUGGUAGGAAGCCCUCUGUGGGGAAGCAAAAGAACAGCAGACCAAGUAACGGCUUGUGCUUGGAGAUAAGUGGGAGGGUGCAACAUGAAAGCAGCCAACUACAACAAUUUAUGGCAGAAGGUAUGCAAAGUGGUGCUUCUAAUGGGAGUUUUUCGUGGGAGCCAUCAGUGAGCAAAAGUUCAGGUGUGGAAGAUGAGAACAAGUGCUUUCUUGAUUAUCGUUAAUGCAUGCAUUGCAACUCUGUAGAGAAGGUUCUUUUUUCAAAAAAAAAAAAAAAAAACAAAUACAUAUUAUAGUUGAAAGGAAAGCAAUGUUUUUGAGGUUGACGAUGGAAUGGUCUCCAUACAACUAUUUUCUUCGGGAGAGAUGUAAUUACCAUGAUUUGGGAAUGAGAACUUUCAUUCAUAUUCUAUAUAUUCUAAAGAAGAUAAACUUAUGGUGCUUUUUGUAUGUCCAA